ACACACCUUUUCCCUCCGCGAGUCACACAGCUGGAGGAAAGUGCAGCCCGCAGAGCGCGCGCCGCGCCAGAAGCUCGACUCCGCCGGGCCGCCUCGCGCGCUCUAAAAAUAUUUGCCAGCGUGGGACAGCAGCAGCACCCGGGUCCGGACGCUGAUGAUGCGCCGCUGCCGCUCCUGCCAGCGGUACAGGAAGACCCGCGCUGUCUCGCCGCCGCCGCCGUGCCAGCCGUUGCCCGACCGUCACUCCUGGGUGUGAGUGCCCGCCGCAUCUCUCUGGCUGGAGCCGCCGAGGUCUCGACGAGGACAUACUCAGCCUGCAUCGGGCAUUCCUGGAUGGUCGUGAAUCUUCCGGAACCGUAGCGAGCUUCCUGGUGCCUUCCUGUGUUCUCCACUGUGCCACUCUGGGUACUUCUGGUGACCUUGAAGGACUGCCGAUCCGUCCAUGGUGGGACAUGGACACUGCCGUCACGAACCUCAUCUCUCUGCUAAGGCGAUGAACGGGUAUUUUCAUCUUAGAAAAAUGUCGGAUACCUCUGAGCAUUGGUCAGCGGCUCUGCGCGCCUUGAUCUCCCUCUGAAUAGUACUGGAUGAUCGAGGAGACUACGAGACAUUGCUGUUCAAUUGAAGGCACUGUAAGUUUUCGUUCUGAAAAACUUAGGUAUACACGUAGGCGCGGAUCUAGAGUUUUCCUGCACCAAUGCAAGAGCGGAAUGUCCGGUUUUGUAUGAACCACCGAAUGCAGUUGAGAUAAAGACGUCGCCGUAAGGACCCCUGAUACGUUCCUGAACAGCAAGAUUCAAGAUGGUGUUGCGAUGCGGUUCUCACUGAAAAAAAAAAAUUUAAUCUACCCAGUCUUUACUGUACCUGCCAAACAACACAAGAGUAUUGUAUCAAGCACAACCUAGCGGUCAGUCCGGCUCAUCGGCAGAAGAAAUCUAACCGAACGCAGAAGACCAAUUCCUCGAACGUCCAUCGCCCCUCUUGAGACCUGUCCCGUUUCGUGGCCAGAAACGAAGCGCGAGUGCACAGACAAUGUCUUCGGAAUACGAGUAUAUUUCGACCCGCCACCAGCAGCCCACGGGAUCCAAGUGUGUGAUCGCCUCGGUCGUGUUCACGCGGAGAAAAGUGUGCGCCGUCGACGGGCCAAUGUGAAGCGGCCUCUCUGGGCCGCCUGGCAGCAGCAGCUGCCUCCGUGGGCUUCUUCGGCGCCUGUGCGCGAAGCGAAGCCGCCAUCUCGUUCUCGAUCGAGCACACGUGCGUGUCGCGGAUCCUCCGGCUCCGAGUGACGUACUUGGCGUUCCAUCCGCGCCUUGUGGAUACGGACAAGAAAGGAUACGCGGCACCAUAGACACACGCUGCCUGGAGUAGGAACGGCCGAGCCGCACAUCACGCACCAUGAUUCCCAGAACGGCCAUCACGAUGAGCAAGAAGGAAGUGCUGGCACUCCUGGUGGUGUUCAUCGUGUACGUGGUCAUCGGCGGAGCGGUUUUCAUGGCCGUCGAGGGACCCAACGAGGACCUGCUUCGAAACGAGAUCAUGGAGAUCCGGAGGAACUUCCACGAGAAGCUGGUGUCGCUGAACCACACGAACCUGACAAGCGCCGAGAUCACACAGCUGGUGUCCCGCUUGGCGGACGCCCGCAGCAAGAACCUCAUAAACGAGCAGGGGCACGACACCCACACCAACUGGAACUUCUACAACUCCUUCUUCUUCGCCAUCACUGUGGUCACCACCAUAGGAUACGGCCACCUGGCCCCCUCGACGUCGGUGGGGCGCGUGUUCUGCGUGCUGUACGCCGUGGCCGGCGUGCCCAUGACGGGCAUCCUGCUGGCGGGCAUCGGAGACCACUUCUCGCGGGGCCUGGUGCGCGGCCUGGAGCGGGCCCGGCACAGGGCGUCGCGUCUGGCGCUGUGCGCCAACGCGCUCACCUUCUUGCUGCCCUGGCUGGUGGUGUUCAUGCUGCUGCCGGCGGGCAUCUUCAUGUACAUGGAGCAGUGGAGCUACCUCGAAGGACUCUACUACUGCUUCGUCACACUCGCCACCAUCGGCUUCGGGGACUACGUCGCCGGUAACAAGGACCUGCCCUACCUGUGGAUCUACAAGACGGGUGUGGUGCUGUGGAUCAUCUUCGGCCUGGGCUACCUGGCCAUGAUCCUCAACUACAUCUCGCGGGCAAUGCGUUGCAAGCAGAUCCGAAACAUGGAGAACAGGCUCACGACCAGCUUCCAGAACACGCAGCACAAGUUCGGCCAACGGCUGGACGAGAUACACAGGCUGCUGCAGGAAUUCGCCUCUAAGCAGAAGUCUCAUCGCAAAUCCAUCUGGCGAGGCAAGACUGGCAAGCACAACGAGGACGACACGAGUGCCGACAGCUUGUGCGGCAGUGACAAGAACCAUAACCGGGACGACCAGAUCCAACGGCUUCUAACGCUGGUCGAGAACCUAAAGAAGGAGAGCACACAGAACCUGUGCAGGACUCGGCAGAUGAUUGAGCAGCACAAUCUGAGGCUACGCCUGGAUCUGCCCUACUUGCGCGAGGACUCCAGCGGUUCCAGCACCAACGUUGGCGGAGGACUUCCGCGGGGCGAGGUGGCGCCCUCUAGAAGACACAGUCUUCCCGUUCUCCUGUCUCCAGAGACACCCAGGGAAUCUAAGGACUGGCUCCAAGUGAGCCAGAACAACAACAACAACAGUCCUACCGUGCUGAAGAACAGGAGCCACAUCGAGUUCCCCACGAACUUUUUCGCGUCAGCUAGAGCUUCGAUUCCGAUGUGCAAUGGCCGACUACCUGUGAGGGACCCCUUUGACGACGUGUACGACGUUGAGAUUGCCGUUACGAAGCCCAUGGUAACCUUCGACUUGGACAGUCUGGAGAGCUCGGCCAUCUGACAUCAGCAUCAAUCAUUUAGGAACAGUUAACCAGCGUGAACUAUGUAGACAACAACCUUUCAGUGCUUCCUAUGAUAUAAUGGUAAGUGCGCCCGAAAGAGGCGUUAUCAAAGUACGCCUUUUAUUCUUUAAAUCCUGGAGCCUAUCAACGCGCCUGUGGGUAAGACAAUCCUUUGUGUUCUGCCCAUCGCGCAUGCGGACAUGUCUCAAGAAUGGUUGAUCCACACGGGCAGUCACUGCUUACAAAAACUGUGUGCUCACGUGCCAAGGUGACAAAGGUUAUGCGUUCCCAAAAAGCAACUGUCGACAUGACGCGGCGUCUGUGGUGACUGACUUGAUAGUUCAAGACGCAAAUCUUCAUUCACGCAAGCUGAGUGUCAAGACAGCUCCGGAUGAAUCAUACUGUGCCGUGGUGCAAGGAAGUGCGUACUUUCUGUGUGACAGGUCGAUCUGCUUUGGUGUUUCAAUGCAUCGACACGGGUCUUUAAUCGCAGCGACUCUGUUAUGCUAACGCUUGGCCCGUCGGUGUUGGCACCACUCUGAAAAUUACCUGCUCCCGUUUGCGAAAGACUGGAAGGCCAGCAUCUCAGUAAGGCCGAGACGUUCUCGCAGUGCGGGUUAUUGCCAUUCACUCGAACCUUGAUUACAUUAUUAGUGAGAACACUGUAGCUAUGUCCCGUUUAUAUGAAUGUUGACAGACCAAAUAUCCCAUUAGAAACUUAUCUACUAUCUCAAAUUUACAGACAUAGAAUCUCGAUAACCCACGUAGAUUCUUCCUCUUCAAGACUGAGGAGGAAAAUAAAGCAGCUGAGAAAAGGAGACACUGAAAACCAUAAGUGCACUUUGCCAGAGUCGGGGCAAUGUAAGCUUCCAUCUAACUGGAUAAAAAGUGCAAGCGACAGCUUUUUUUUUAUAUAUGGAACCCACAAAAAGUCCACAGGACACGCUGUGCCGUACAAAGCAAACGCAGUAAGAAAUUUACCUGUGGUCACUCAGUCGUCACGGUGUAACGCUCUUGUUCACCUAGGACCCAGUAGCUUCUCACCUCGAGGGCAUUGAAGUAAAAUAUUUUCUUGAGAGUUAAGUACCCACUGCGUACAAAACCGAAAUGCAUUAUUUCAUGUAACUACCCUGUGCGCAAGAGACUGUCGUACUCUUCGUCGCAACUUUCCGACCCACAGAGAGACUGUUGAAAGCACACCAAAUGCUUCGGAAGGCGCGGGUUUUCUUUUUUUGGGGCACCCGCUGUGUAAAUAAUGUACACACACUCAUCACGUGUAAGAUAGAACCAAUUGCCACUGAUCAUGUAAAUAAUAAUUCCAGGGUCGUCGUUUCGAAAGAACCAGCCCGGAAUGAAAAAGAGAUAUAGAUGUUUUCAGCGUCGUUUCCCCGGUAACGAGUGUGUGCCUGCGUUGCCUUACUUCAGCGUACAUGCGACCGUCCUCCAGCCAGGAGGACGAAGCCAUGCAGCAGCGAUCUCAAGUCGUUACGAAGGACCAUCCUUUUUUCCUCUCCCCGUUUCUGUAAAUAAAAGAUCGUUUAAGGACAUGUU